AUGCGCACUGGGCCUUCAAGUUGUCAACGCUGCCAGCUGAUAGCCUCGUGUGGAAGAUCUCUUCUCUGCAGUAUGGAGUGGUGUCCAGUCGCAUCCGAUCACAACAUCCUCGUAUGUGGGACGUACCAGCUGCAGAAGGGGACUGGAGAAGAGGAUGCUGCUCCAAGUCGGACUGGUCGCUUGUACCUCUUUGAGUUUCGCCGCGAGGGGCCGAUGACUCCCCCUCUGACAGAGCUCCAGCGCAUGGACACAGCUGCUAUCUUAGAUCUAAAAUGGUGUCAUGUGGCCGUGUCGGAGCGGCCGCUGCUCGGACUCGCUGCAGCCUCAGGAGAUCUGCAGCUGUACGCUCUGACUGAGGCUCAGGUGAGGACUGUGGCAUCAGAGCAACAAGAUCAAAGCACAUGUUACAUGGUUUUUGUCUCAUUAGUAGGAAGGCGCCGCAAACUACAGAGUCUGAGCAGAGCAGAAGUGGGAGCCGAUCGACUGGUGCUGUCUUUAGACUGGUCCACAGGAAGACUGGACAGCAGUGACAUUCGCGUGGUGUGCAGUGACUCCGCAGGCUGCAUUAGCGUGGUGUCGCUGGGAGAGGGCGCUGUGACAGUUCAGUCUCAGUGGAAAGCUCACGACUUUGAGGCCUGGAUCUCUGCCUUCUCUUACUGGGACACACAACUCAUUUAUACUGGUAUUUUUGAUCAUGUUUUUAAAGUAAAGCCCGGCGGGGAGGGCCGGUGGCGGCGGGGAUGGGGCACUCAGUGGGGGCGCGGCGAGGUCGGGCCCGGGGGGGGGCGCGGGGGGUCGGCCGGCGCGCAAGAGGCGAGGCCACGCGGGGGUGGCGGGGGGAGGACGCCACCUCGGGGCGGGGGGCGGGCGGCGCGGCGGGUGCGGGGUUGA